UAAUAGGUAGUAAACAGAUUAGUAUGAAAAAUUGAAAAUCCUUUUGCAGUAUAUUUUUUUUUUAGAAAAAGCUGCAUCAUGUUAAGCAAAUUAGAGACCCAUUUUUACGUUAAUAAAUAAUAGGUAGUAAACAGAUUAGCAACCAAAAUAACGAUUGAUUUUUAAUAAUUUAUACUUUAAUGAUUGAAUUUUCGGUUACUAUUUGUCAGUAAACAAAUUAGAGACCGAUUUUUACCAUAGAGAUUGAAUUUUUUGUCCCUAUUUCUGUCGCAAGCAAGAUGAUUUUCAUGCCUUAGCGACUGAAAAUUCAAUCGCUAAAAAAAUUGAUGUGUCGCUAUAGCCACACAUGGACAUGAUGUAGAUUUUGGCCCCUUAUAUUUGGCUCCGUAGUAAUUUUGGCCCCCUAUUAAAAAAAGUCACUUUCUAGCCCCCUAAUUUUACCCCCUUUUGCAAUUCAUAGGGCCCCUCUUAUUUUGAUCCGGUCAAAACCCAGGUGCCCAUUAGGGGGACGACACGUGGAAUUUAAUGAAUUAAAAUAAAAAAAAUCAGCUAAUUAUUUAUAUAAUUAAAUAAGUAAAAAAAAAUUGCUAUCAUCUUCACCUUCAACAUCCUAUUAUUCAUCCUUCAAAAUCCAGAAACACAACACAACUACCUCCUGAAAUUCCUGAAAUUGAUAGUGUAGUUGUUGAAAAACAAGAAGAGGGUUUGAAUGUGAUUGUGAAAAGAAGUAGAGAGAUAUUGAGGGAAGAAGUGAGAGACAAUAUUACACAAAUUGGGUCAGGAAGGUUCAGAGUUUGGUUAAGGCUUUUGAGAAGUUUUUGUUUGAACCUAAGAAUGAGGGUGAUGAUCGAUAAGAGGAGGAGGAGAAGGAAUCUGGUUCUUCAUUUUGUGCAACGGAUUUGGUUUUGACAUUUCAGAAUCUUGGGUUGGAUCCACAUGCUUCCAUUUCGUCAUCCUGGGAUGUAUCUUGUGGAAGAUCAGUGGUUGUGGAUCCCGGACCCUACGCAAGGGUAUUCUGUUCGGAGGGCUUAUUACGUGUUGACUUCUACAGACUUAUCUCUGGUGGACUUAGCAGCGGAGAUGAUUUGGCACAGACAGGUUCCGUUGAAGGUAUCAGUUCUCGCUUGGAGGCUUCUUCGUGAUCGUUUGCCUACCAAAUCGAAUCUGAUAUACAGAGGUGUCAUUUCACCAGAAGCUGGUUUGUGUGUCUCUGGUUGCGGUGCUUUGGAGUCGGCGCAACAUUUGUUUCUUUCGUGCUCUUCCUUCGCUUCACUUUGGCCGAUGGUUCGUGAUUGGAUUGGUUUUGUUGGAGUGGAUACUAAUGUUUUGUCUGACCACUUUGUUCAGUUUGUUCACACAACAGGUGGGAGUAAGGCUACAAAGUCUUUUUUCCAACUAAUUUGGCUACUCUGUGUCUGGAUCUUAUGGAUUGAACGUAACAAUAGGUGUUUUAAUAAUUACGUUACUUCUUUGCCGAGGUUGCUUGACAAAGUAAAAUAUCUGUCCUUAGGUUGGUUGAAAGUUAGAAAAGUCUCUUUUAUGUUUGGCACUAAUAGUUGGUGGUCAAGCCCUUUACAAUGUUUGGAUAUUGGCUGAGUUGGUUUCGUUGUUGUACUUCUACUUUUUGGUGUUUCUUGACGAGUCUUUGAGGCACGCCUUGUGCUAAUGAGACUCUUGUUGUUAAUAUAAUUUCAUUUUUGAUUGUUCAAAAAAAUAAUUUAUACUUUAAAGAUUGAAUGUUCGAUUACUAUUUGUCGGUAAACAAUUUAG